CUUCAUUUUUCAUUUUUUAUGCUGAGUAACAGACGAAAUGACUUCUCUGGAUAUUGGAGUCGAGUCGAAGAAACAGGUUGAUGACUUCUGCCAGAAGCUCAACAAAGAGGCUGAAGUGCUGGUUUCAAAAAUCUUCCCUCAGAAGAUUGAUGAUCUAGAGGUGCUUUUGAAGACAUCUUUCAGUUGUGAUGACUUGGCAUCCUUGAAAGCACCACUUGACAUCCCAAUGCCAGACCUAGCUAAAGAGGAGGCCAAACGUAAGAAGAAAGAGGAGAAGGAAGCAAAGGAGGGGAAGAAGGACAAGGACAGUGACAGCGAGGAAGAUGCAGGGCCUCCUUGUGGGCCGAUCUGCUGCAACGAGCAUGUGGAGAUUCUGCUGCAGAAGGUCAAACCUGAGAUCCAGCUGCUUAAGGAGAAACUCAAUGUGGUGUCCAUGUGGGUACAGCUCCAAAUUCCUAAAAUAGAAGAUGGGGACAACUUUGGGGUGGCUGUGCAGGAAAAAGUGUUUGAGAUGAUGACCAAUACGCGCACCAAGGUUGAAGCAUUCCAAACUCAGAUUUCAAAAUAUUAUAGUGAAAGAGGCGACGCUGUGGCUAAAGCUUCCAAACAGCCUCACGUGGGAGACUACAGACAGCUGGUCCAUGAACUGGAUCAGUAUCAAUACUCUGAGCUCCGCUUGGUCAUGUUGGACAUCCGUAACACAUACGCUGUUCUGUUUGACAUCAUUAACAAGAAUUAUGACAAGAUUAAGAAGCCAAGAGGAGACAGCAAAGGUCUCCUCUACUGAAAAUCCAGCGUACUCAAAAGCCAGCAUACAACUAGUAUCGCAUGACUGUGUCAACAAGUAACAGCACACCUAUUCUGCCAACACGUUCGUUUUUCUUUUAUGCUGUUACUGUAUACAUUUUGGUUCAGAUUACAAAAUAAAAAGUCAUGACCAUUUUACUGCCAUAA